AUGUCCAAAGUAGGCGAAAAGAGCUACGAACAGAGUGAAGAAACGGAGGAGGAGAAGCUGAAGGGGAAAGGUCCCCCCCGGAAGAAUAGAGGCAGCUCGACGGGCUCAGAGUAUUCAGAUGAUGAUGGGGGGGUAAGCGAGGAGGGGGAGGACUUCGAUGACGAAGAGGACUUGGAUGGCGAAGCGGACGUGGAUGAAGAAGCGGACAUGGAUGACGAAGCGGAUUUGGAGGAGGCGGAGGAAGACGGGUUGGAGGGCCGAAACCAGGAAAGCGAAAAAGUGGAAGAAGACAUUUUCAACGAAAAUAAUUUGCUGCAUGCAAUAAAAACGAGAGAAGUCUUAGAGCAGGAGAUCCUUGUACUCUUUAGCAAUAUGCUAAAAAAAGAGGUGGUGUUAAACAAGGAUUUGAAGAGUACAAGUCGGGAAGAGAUAUCGACAUACAAAGGAGAGCAUGUGGAUGAUGAGCACACAUUGGAGAGGAAUGAUAAGGGAGGUGCAAACAAAAAGAAAGAGACAGAAAAAAAAUCAAAUUUGAAGAUAAAGAAUAAAGACCUGUACAAUUUUAUAUACAGUAAGAUGAACCUAAGUGCAAGGGAAGGAACAGACAAGAAGAGGGAGGAUAAAGGAGCGGAAGGCACGUUUGCCGAGUCGGGUCUCUCCAGAAAAAAAAGACACGCAGGUGGUAGUAGAAGCCGCAGUAGUAGCCGCAGUAGUAGCGGCCACAGCAGUGGUAGCAGCCGAAGCAAUCACAGUCGCAACCGCAACCACAACCGCGAUCGUAACCACUUGGAAAAAAGUAAUCAGGUUAAAAAAAUGGCUAACAUCCAGCAAGUAGAAAAAGAACACUACAUCCUAGACAACAACGUGGUGAAUAUACUGAACGAUAUUAACACCUACCUUAGAAGAGAAAGAGAGUAUCUGAAUCGGAAAUUUGGAAAUCAUGUAGAUUCCACUUUUAAGAACCCAAUGUAUGUUACUCUCUAUAUAUAUAAUAACCAAAUUUUAAAGGACAUAAUUUUACAGAUGAUCAAUAUUGUUAAAAACGAAUUCGAUAGCUCCAUCUAUAGAGAUAUCGAUGAGACUAUGUUGACAAGAAAUAUAUUCAUUUUGAUUAACCAUCUUACUUCUCGACCCAGCAAGGAGUGGUUCGAUUACUGGAAUAAGCAUAUGCCAACGUUUAAUAAUAAGAGGAGCGAAUUUAAUGUAUAUAAUUAUCUCCAAAUUGAGAAGAACGAAAGGAAAGUAUUUUCUGGAGUACUAAAGAAUGAUAUUUAUUUUAAGGAGCUACAGAAACGGUCGAAUAUUAUUGAGCAGUAUCAAAAUGGGCUUCAGAGUUUGAAGUGCCUUUUGUCUAGUAGGAAUUUUUUAACUCUCCUAAAUGAGUUUAGGUACAACUGCCAACUGUUUAUCGAUGCUGAUUAUCGAGGCAUUGAGGAGAAUGAAAAGGUUUUGGAGAUGCAGCGGAGGGACGCAGAGCUCAUUGAGGAGAAGGCCCGCCUCAAGGAGGAGCUGCAGUUCUGUCGGGAGCGCCUCAGGGGGGGUGAAGCAGAGGAUAGCGGCGAUGGCGAAGCAGAGGAUAGCGGCGAUGGCGAAGCAGAGGAUAGCGGCGGUGACGAAGCAGAAGAUAGCGGCGGCGACAUCGAUCGUGGCGAUGGUUGUGACCCCCCCGAGGGUGAAGAAGCCAGCCGAGGGGAGGGUGCCGCCAAACCGAGGAGGACGAACAAACUCGUGCGGAACAAAAUCACCAACCUGAAGAGGCGAAUCGACGAAAUCAACGAGGAGCUACUCGAAGUGGCCAAUUUCUUCCUGGAGGACAAGAAGAAGCGAGAGAGGUUGGUGCACGAGUACAGGGAGAACGUCUACUUGGUGCGCAGCAUACUGACGCAGGUCCUGGGCAUUAGGAACCCCAGGAGAAGCAACGCCAUCAACUCCAGCAAUGUGCAUUACGUGAUUCUGCAGAACGUGCUGGGUAGCCACAGCGCCCUCACUCUAAUCAUCGAAGAGAUGAGGCAUCUGUUCGACAGGGAGUUGAAGAAGUACGAGAGCGAGAAGAACAUUCACAUCCCCUACUUGAGGCAGAACACGAUGAAGGAGAUAUGGGACUACGUGAGGCUCUUCUACAACGUCGUGUGCUACAUCGACCCGAUCGACUUGGUCCGGUCGCUCACUCACCAAGUGUCGGCGGGGUGUGCAAGCGGUGGUAGAAGCGGUGAUAAAAGCGGUGAUAAAAGCGGUGGUAGAAGUGGUGAUAAACGCGGUGAUAAAAACGACGAUAAACGCGGUGAUAAACGCUGUGACAGAAUUGGCGGCUCAGUCGGCGGCACAGCACGAAACCGCCUCUCUGCGAAGAAGGCGCCCGCCCCCAGCGCAGCAAAGAGAAGCAGCCUGCUGAACCCGAGGAAGAACAACCAAAUGAUCAUGCACCUGUCCAGGAUAAACCCACUGCUAGCGAAAUCUAAAGAUUUAUCCUUUGAUAUAUUCGAAGAGAAGAAGGCAGGGGGGGGAGGGUCUUUCCUCAAAGGGAAUAUCCUAGACACAUUCAACCACAGUAACCUGUACCGAGUGCAAGAGUUCUUAAACAACAUAAUAGGAAUAAAUGAAGAGUUCGAGAAUGUAUACGAAGGGAACAGUCACGAGGGAGGUGGACAUGAAGACGAUGAUGGGUUCAAUUAUUCACUCAAGGUUUUUUUAAAUGUUUGCAUUAAAGAUCUCAGGAGGUGUAUAGUCGAGUACUACAACCAUCAGUGGGAUAUAAAAAUUAUUCUCAAUAUACACGCAUGGAUUGUUACAUAUUACACCAAUUUUUAUCUCUACGAGAAUAGGAAGCGACUGAACAAUUGUCGAAAGGGGAAAGGGAUUUCCAAUAGGUAUUCAUCAGCUAGCCAUUUUUACAACGGGGAUGAAGAACCCAUAAAGGAAGGAAAACACACAGAAGAUCAAAGUACUCUGUUCAUAUCCAGAAUUCAGAUGGUCCUAGGAAUGCAGGCAUAUAUAGGAGAUAACAGUAUCCACUCAGAAUUCCUGUGUGAUACUUUCCAAAGGUUAAUAAGGGAAGAAAAAAUGAAAAAAAAUAGUAGCAAAAUAAUUCUAUGCUGUUUGAGAUGUCUACAUGCAGAUCUAAGUCUAAUAGAUCUACAUGCUCUCUCCACUGAUGAUAAUGUGAAGUCCAUUUGUAAAUCUUCUUUGGAUAAUUUUUUGAGGAGAAAUAUCCUAAAUAGCUUAAGUUGGAUUUUAAAAAAUUUCAAACUGAUGAGUCACGACAGGAGCAUAUUCACCUACGCUCUUAAGUGUGCCCUGAUGAUAAUCGAGUUGCUCAAAAAGUUAGGUGGUAGUACAUACAUCAUGAAGGGGGGUAACAAAAUAUACGACGAGGAUGAGGAGGAGGAAGAGGAAGAAGUAGACGAAUUGUACAACUCGGAUGGAAGUGACAACCAGCAUGGGGAUUCCAAGAAAUAUGGAAGAAGUGGCAGAAAUGGAGGAAGUGGCAAAAGAGGGCAAAACGCAAGCAGAGACUACGAUGCCGAAGCGAUUGAAAGAGUCAGUGUAAUGGAUUUAAUAGAAGAAAUUUAUAGCGGAAAAAUUGUAAAUACAUGCAUGCACAUUAUAGAAGAGUACAAAAGAAAUAGCAUCCAAAUUAAUCACCUAAUCAUUACCUACUUUGAAUUUCUACUCAAAUUUAAAAACAACGAUUACAACUUUUUACUUUUUUUCGACAUGAAAUAUUUUAUCAUUUUCAUGGAUAUAAUAAAUGAUCAAGAAUGUUAUACAAACCCUAGAUACCAUUGGAUUGCUUCCUUUUUUGAAAAUUUGGUAGCUUGUUUUUUUAAGUUGAAUAGUAACUAUUUCCUACCGGUGGAACUGUUCUUUAGCAAAGCGAUAAAUAGAAACCUUUUCAGUUUGUUAAGUGAAAAAUAUAUGCUGUCUAUUUUUAGCAACUAUAGUGAAGGGAAUGACCACUUUGUAUUCGAGGAAUUAAACAAAGGGAUGCACAUAAAUGAUAUUUUUAUGGAGAUGAAUAGUCGAAAGAGGUUAGAAUCACUGGAGUGGUCAGCUGAAGAUAUUGAAAGUUUGAAGAUCUACUUUAAGCAGUUCAAACAUAUGCAUAAUUUCUUGCCAUUCAUUAGUGAGAUGCUCAACAAAUCCUCUAGCAGCGUGAAGAACCAACUUAUUUUUCUCAAUUAUAUGGACCGCAGGGGAAAUGUCAUCGAUGACGAUGUGGACUACGACAUGUCUUACUCGUCCGACAGUUCUGGGGGGGAGACGGACGCAGGGAUGGGAGGCGGGAUGGGAGAUGAAAUGGAUGACGAGGUGGACGGCGGGAUGGAUGACGAGGUGGACCGCGGGGUGGACGCCGAAACCGGGAAGGGGGUAGACACGGAGGCAGACACAGAAGCGGAGUCCACCACCCCCAGAAGCCCAUGCCGUGCCGCUACCCACGAGAGGAGGAAGGCCAAGCAACCGCUCCUCUACACUGUAUACAAGCUGAAGAAGCUGAACCAAGUGCAGGAAAAAGAGACAAAUCUGACCUCCAAUGGAAUCAACUGCAACGUGGACAGCGUGCUGGAAGAAGUUAGCUCUAAUUUGAAGUCCCUCUACGAAUUGAAGAAGCUAUCGAAAAAUAAGUUUUUCAGCUAUAAGGCUCUCCUGUUUGAUAUUCCACUUAGCAUUUCAUCGGAGUUACUCGAACAUAACAGCUUUAAAAAGCUACUCAGCUUGAUUGGGUUCGUGUAUAAAGAAAAUAGCGACGAGUGGGUUCUGAAUGAACACUUAGAUGUGGACAUUUUUAGGAGUAUUGUUGAAAAGUGCGAGGAGUUGUUUCCUCUCUCCUUGGAGGAGCUGCGGGGCAGGUUGCGCGCCCCUGAGAGGGACAAGGUCUCCCAGGGGGGCGAUCUCAGUCAUGAUGCUCAAGGGAGUGACAAGGACGAUGUGGGAAAGCAGCACCAACCGCGGGGUGACACAAAAGAUGGCACGCUGCAUAGCACAUCUGACAGUGUACAUGGCAGUGUACAUGGCAGCGUGCCUUCCCACAGCGACGAGCAGCUGCACCUGAUGGAACCCCCCAAACUCAAGGGGACAUUCGCCCUCCUCAAACUAAUGUAUGACCUGUUCAUAUCGAAUGAGGAUGACUUCAGAAUUUUUUUCAACGACCUGGUGAACCUGAUUAGAGACAAAUUUAGUUCCCUUUUCCAGAGCAGAAAAACAGAGGGGGACACAAACGAAAGGAAGGACCUCAAUACAGAAAAUGACACAUCUGCUUCGACAGCUAGCCAAAAGAAUGAUCCCAAUUUAGAUAAGUACACAAUUUUUCUAGAACCCAAAGAUAGACAGGUUCUGAGAAGAUGUCAAAAGAAACAAGUCCUUUCAGAGUUGCUGCAAUAUCUCUGGGUGUACCUCUCCAAAUCGGAGCAUCUCAUCAUUUCCAAGCACAUAAAAGAAAAAGAUUUUUCUGAACGCUUCCGAGUGAUUAAUAACUACAAGACCUUGGGGGUAUCGGAAAUUGAAAGCAUCAUACGUCAGAAGCAAUUCGAAAUAGAUGAGAAGAAGAAACAAAAGAAGGAGACUAAACCGACGUCGCAACAGAAGUUUUUUUUUAUAAAGCGUGUUUGUGAGUAUCUGCACAGAGUGUAUGUUCCUGCCAAUAUGGGUUCGAUGAGCACUGGUCGGAACUGCCCCCUGAAUGAGACGUAUUUCGGGGGAGACAAACUUCUCACGUGCAUUUAUGAGAAGCUGAAUUCUUGGAAUUCCAAGCGGAGCAAAAAAAACGACGACUCGCAGUGCUUCGCCUUAGCUGCUAUGGAUUUGCUAAGCUACAUCGUCACUCCGUCGGAGGUCAACCCAGGGGUUACCGCCACCACUGGCACCACCACUGGCACUACCUCUGCCACCACCGCUGACACCACCGUAGCGCCUCUCCCUCAGAGCGUUGACCCGGAUUCUUUCCUCCCGUUAGUUGAAAACAUAUGUGUCGCUUUGAAAGCCUCGGAGGAAGAAGGGGGGGUCCUAAAAUGGCAUCCCGAGCAGGUGCAGAGACAGUGGCUGAAAAUUAUGCUGAAGUUAUUUUACAACGUGCUCUACGAUAGUGAGUACAACACCGUGGGGAACCUCUUCCUCGAGUAUAGAAACAUUAAGGAGAUUCUCAAGGACAAGUCGCUGGACUUUUUGUCUCCGCAAGGGGGGGCAGGAGUAGCGGCAGGAGUAGCGCCGGAAGUAACCGCAGAACUAGCGGCAGGAGCAACCGACCUGUACAGUGGCAUGGAGGAGCUGCAGAAGGAAGACCCCUCCCAGCCGUUCACCGACGAAACGUAUUUGGUGAGCACGCAGUACGAGGCACACACCGGCGAGGCGCCAUCGAAGAGAACCUCUCGAGCCGGAGGUGCAACCGCAGAUCAGAGCAAAAUCGACGAAGCCCCGAGUACACCUGACGCCAUUCCGAGCGAACCCCACUCCAGGGAAAUUCCACUCAAACCAAUCGCCCCACAUAAAAGAAAGCUGGGUGACAUACAUGCAGAGGACUACUCGGAAUUCUUCAAAAAGAGGAAGCUGCAAAAUGCGUACGUCAAUAUGUAUAGGAAGAAUCGGAAGAGCAUCAUCGACUCGCUGCUUAAAAACAAAAAUAUCGCACAGUACAAAGAGAGUGACAUUAUCAAUCGGGUCAAGCAGGUUUUCAUAAAGGCUCGGCAGAUGGCUUCCACGGGGGUAAGCAGGAGUUUGUGUGAAAUAGUUUGCGUGCAGGAGUUUGUGUGCAAUAGUUUGUGUGCAAUAGUUUGA